GUUUUCCAGUUAUGAGCAUUUUAUUCUCAUUGUUUGUCACUAAAACUUCCCCAACCCCUGUGCUUUGCCUCUUCCAUGGUAAGCUGCUAAGUGGCUGGUACCCAAGGGCUCCCUACUGCUGUGUAGUUAAUCGGUUACAGUAUGGAAGGCAGUGGCACUGGAUGGACUGGAGGUCUGCUGCCCUCUGUAGGCGAAGAGGCAACUAAGGAGCACUCAGUCUUUGAGGUGGCUGUCCAGAACGGCUUGGCCAACCACAGCUCCCUGUUUGCAGACGUGGUUCUGCUGCAGAGCUUCAAGCUGCUCAUCAUUCCAUGCUACGCCCUGGUGGUGGUGGUGGGUGUGUUGGGGAACUACUUGCUGCUCUACGUCAUCUGCCGCACCCGCAAGAUGCACAAUGUCUCCAACUUCUUCAUCGGGAAUCUGGCCUUCUCAGACAUGCUGAUGUGUGUGACCUGUGUACCAUUCACCCUGGCCUAUGCCUUCAACCCCCGUGGCUGGGUGUUUGGAAGGUUUAUGUGCUACCUGGUGUUCCUGAUCCAGCCAGUCACAGUUUAUGUGUCUGUCUUCACCCUCACCGCCAUUGCUGUCGACAGGUACUAUGCCACUGUGCAUCCUCUGAAGAAGCGCACCUCGGUGGCCACCUGUGCCUAUGUGCUGUCAGGGAUCUGGCUGCUGUCCUGUGGUUUGGUGGCUCCAGCUGUGGCCCACACCUACCAUGUGGAAUUCAGAGAGGAGGGCCUCACCAUCUGUGAGGAGUUCUGGCUGGGGCAGGAGAAGGAGAGGCUAGCCUACGCCUACAGCACCUUGCUGGUUACCUACGUCCUGCCACUCUCUGCCGUCUGUGUCUCCUACCUCUGCAUCUCUGUCAAGCUGAGGAACUGUGUGGCACCGGGACAUCGGACCCGGGACCAGGCAGAGGCACAGCGAGCCCGGAAGCGGAAGAUCUUCCGUCUGGUUGCGCUGGUUGUGGCGGCCUUUGGGGUGUGCUGGCUGCCCAUUCACGUGUUCAACGUACUGCGUGACAUCGACAUCCGCCUCAUCAACAAGCGCCACUUCCUGCUCAUUCAACUAAUGUGCCAUCUGUGUGCCAUGAGCUCAUCCUGUUGUAACCCCUUCCUGUACGCCUGGCUGCACGACCGUUUCCGCGCCGAACUGAGGAAGAUGUUCACCUGCCACCGCCGCAUCGGCAUCCCUGCCAACCACUGUGCGACAGCCAGCGUGGCCCUGUGACUGUGCAGGGACAAGGAGAGAGAAGAGACAGAAGAUCUCUGAUACCAGUGUAAACAAGUUUUAGAUCCAAUUUUCUGAUUAUUUUCUAUUGACCUAAUGUGGAUAUGACAAGAGUUAAUUGUGAAUUACAGCUGAUAACAGAGAUAUUAGGUGGUUCCCUAGUAAUUUUCGAUGAACAAAUCAAUUGAACAUGCAUGAGGUGAUUGCCUGGAAAGAAUGAAUGAACUGAUUGAAUGCCAAUAAUAUGAAGGUAACACAAGAGAGAAAAAAGCAAGAGAAAGAAUAAAGGGAGAGGGAAGGAGAGGGAGAAAGAGCAGGCGAGGUGACAGGACCACCAAACAAAUGUUAUUUUGAAGGCCAUUAUGCACAGCCACAGUCAAUGUUUAACACCAGGAAACAUCAGCAAGCAGGAGAUUCAUCUGCCAAAAAUGAGAGGUUUGGUGGAUAAUUUCAAGGCAGCUAAGCACUUUUCACACAAUAGUUGCUUCUACAUACGCGAUAUCCCCCAUAACUCCAGGUGGACAGUUGUCUGCUGAGGUUAGAGUGUAGUAGUUGUCCCACCUAGCUAUCUUAAGAUUAAUGCACUAACUGUAGGUUGCUCUGGAUGAGAGCGUCUGCAAAAUGACUAAAAUGUCAAUGUAAAUAGUCAAUGCAGGUUUGGUCCCCAGAUUGGUGUUUGGCAGUGGAUGACAUGCUUAAUGACAUGAAUCCAGAUAUAAUCUCGCUCUCCACUCUGUGAAUAAACAUGCUUAAUGACAUGAAUACAGAUAUAAUCUCGCUCUCCACUCUGUGAAUAAACAUGCUUAAUGACAUGAAUACAGAUAUAAUCUCGCUCUCCACUCUGUGAAUAAACAUGCUUAAUAAAACAGUAGGUGGUGUUUGUUCCCCCAUGGUUACAUCCCUAUUUUUAUUGCAGUCUUAUCAGUCUGUUACCCAUCUUUGUCUCUGGGGAACAUACACCGCUUCUGAAUAGUCAUUUAGAAUUGUUUGCUACCCGAGUGGCGCAGCGUUCUAAGGCACUGCAUCGCGGUAUUGCGGCAUCACUACUGCCAGGGUUAUAUCCCAGGCUGUGUCACAAUCGGUUGUGACCGAGAGUCCCAUAGGACUGCGUACAAUUAGCCAAGCGUUGUCCGGGUUAGGGGAGGUUUUGGACGGAUGGACGGACGGACAGACGGACGGACGGGGGGGACGUAUGACUCGACCUUUGCCUCCCCCUAGCCCGUUGUGGAGUUGCACGAAAUUAGGGAGAAGGGUAUAAAAUUUGAAAAAACUCUAAUGUAAUUAGGUGUUUGUUAGGCAUUUGCUGAGGUCAUGCUUCCCACUUCAUGCUUGCAUUAAUGACUGCAUUAUAGUUUAACUGAGGUGUUAGAUCAACCACAAAAAACCUUCCCCACUUUCAAUACAUUUAGUGAAAUGUCAUGGUGCCUAAUAAAUGGCCUUCUGUGGUUUGUGUCAUGCCAUAUAAAAUGUCUGUCCUUAAGUGAUU